CAGGCGUCGUUAGUCGGUGAUAUUGUCUCAAGUCUGAACACGCAAUAUCUCGCGGAUAUUUUGUGAUGAGUUAUACGUGACUUGUAUAUAGGGUUUCCACAAUAGUCUCCACAGUUAUCAAUGAAUGGAACUAUAAUAGUUCAUGGAAGAAAAGGGUAACUUGAUUGAAAUAAAAGGCGCAUACAAGCGGUACGGCCCUGGCAGUGUAAUCUUCAAAGGCUUGAACAUGUCUGUAGAAGCAGGAACCAUUUAUGGACUGCUGGGUCCCAGUGGAUGUGGUAAAACCACAUUGCUUGGAUGUGUAGCCGGUUAUCAACAUUUGGAUACAGGGUCCAUAACAGUCAACUUGGACAGUAAAACACAACUAGGAUACAUGCCACAGGAGAUUGCCCUGUUGGAGCCCUUCACGGUGGCUGAAAUGCUUAUUUACUUCGGGAAACUCAACAAUUGUUCCUCUGACGAGAUCACCAAGAGAGGGAAGGCACUGCUGGGGAUGAUGGAUCUGUCGGUGAACUUCUACUGGGAGAGGGUUAUCGGCACAUUGAGUGGUGGACAGCAGCGGAGAAUAUCACUGGCAGUGGCUUUGAUCCACGAUCCAAAACUUCUGAUCCUGGAUGAGCCAACGGUAGGGCUGGAUCCUCUCAUCAGCCAGAGACUUUGGGAGUAUUUUGUAGAGAUUACCGUCCAAGAAAACAAAACCAUCAUUAUCACAACCCACUACAUAGAGGAAGCCAGGCAAUCUCACAAGAUUGGACUGAUGAGAAACGGAAAACUCCUCGCUGAGGCAUCACCUCAACAACUCCUUGCCGACCACAAGUGUGAGUCUCUGGAGGAUGUCUUCCUGUUACUGAGCCACAGGCAGAUCAUUGUUUGCGAGGAGAAUGGAGAAGACUACCCGAAAUCAAUAAAAAGUAAACCACCACUGCCCGAAGCAAAGCUUUGGGUUCGUAAUAGGAUAGCGGCCCAGAUCUACAAAAAUAUUUGCUGGACUAAAAGAAAUGUUCCGAUGCAGAUUUUCAUGCUGACACUGCCAGCUCUGAUGAUCUUGCUCUUCGGCGUGGUCUACUCUGACUCUCUCAAUGGAGUCGUCAUUGCUGCCGUCUCCGAUGAGGUUCUGCCAGAGUUCUGUCUUGGGCCUCGCCCGCUCUCUAGUGCUGAGCCUCGGUGCAAGAAACAAUCCCGCUUCAGCUGCCAGUACCUUAGGCUUGUUCGGGAGAAGUCGUACAUCAUCAAAGAGUAUAAAGACCUGCCAUCUGCGCUUCAGUCUGUGAUAAAAGGAGAGUCCAGAGCUCUCAUGCACUUCGACAAGACGUACAGCUGGUCACUGAUCAGGCGUAUUACAGAAGGUCCCAUCACUCCAGACAGAUAUGUCAACUCUAGCGCUGUGGAUGUGUACAUAGAUAGAGCUGAAAUGACCAUUGGCUACAAAAUUGAUAAAGAUAUCAGAGACAGUUUCCUGGAUCUGGUGCAACUCGUCUUCAAAGAAUGUGGCUUUAACUUGAGAGCGGCCCAGACAAUACUACGAUUUGAAAAUCCAGUUUAUGGAGAAAGCUCACCCAAGUUUACGUGGACUGCCAUGCCAGGUUACAUCAUUCCACUUACUUUCUACUUAACGACAAUUUUCUCCGCAACAUCGUACUUAAGCGAGAAAACAUCAGGAUUUUUACAAAGAUGCCUCAUAUCAGGAGUGCAAUACACAGAGGUGAUGUUUGCCCAUGCAGUGAUCCAGAUGUUGAUGUUGUCUGGACAGAAUGUGCUGCUGCUGACAAUUGCCUAUGGCUUUUAUAACUUACCCCAUGAGGGCAGUUGGUAUCUCAUAAUACUGCUCAUCGUUAUGGCAGAAGUGCAAGGAAUGUUUUACGGUUUCAUUUUAGGAACUAGUUUCCAGGAAGAAUCUUCUGUAAAUUAUGCUGCAACUGCAACCGUUAUAUGCCUCUUCUUGUCUUGUGGAAUGUUUUGGCCCAUCGAGGGAGUCCAUUGGAUGUUACAGUUGGGAGUACAGUAUUCUCCAAUCGUGAUGGCUGUGGAGAGUUACCGAAGCGUGACGAUACGUGGCUGGGGUAUCAGUCAUUCCUCCCUCAUCGUGUCCAUGGCUGCAAACAUUGGUCUACUGGCAUUCUUUGUUUUUGUUUUCUUCUGGAUGACAAGAGCAAAAAAAUAAUUGGUGAAGAUUAAAGAACAUAAGCUUUGUUUUCAAGGGAAACUUGACGUUUUUGUUUAUUUUGGUGUGUUUUGGGACUGUAAGGAAAAUCAAAUAUGAUUCCAACAAUCCAAUGUUAACACGUUAGAACACUCAUUUUCAAGGGCAAAAAUUGUGGUUAUGUGUUACUACCACCUGAUGAGGAUCCUCACCAACAACAGAUAUGGUUAUGAACUUCUUAAAUACCAUCACCUGAACAUAUUUAGGAUUAAAUAAACACAUUUCAGCACAUAACCUUAACACAUUACCAGAUUUAAUGGCAGCAAUUAUUUAGUGGAAAAUACAUUUGAAUGUAUUAAAUAUUUAAUCACAUUUAAAUAGAAUACAGCUUUAUUCUACAUUUGAACCUUUAGCACGUAAAAUACUGAGUCUGUUCAUUGUAGAAAUAUGCAAUAAAGUAUUUUUAUUUAUUCCCAA